GGUUAAGGUGAAGGAAAAUAUUUGGGGCGAGAACCGGGAGAAACAAACAUAAACCCUAGCCUUCUUUCUUCGUAUGCUUCUUCUUUCUAUUGAUUGAGUGAUCCAUCCAUCGAUUGAUUGAUCGAAGUUACAGUAAUAUCAAAUAUGGAUGACUUAGAAAAAGGGAUUCUUAUUAUGUUUGACGAAUCUGGAGCUAUAGACGAUGAAUUGAAGAAUCAAGCUAAAACUUAUUGCACAGAUGUUAAGCAGAAGCCUUCUGUUUGUAGACUGUGCAUUCAAAAGUUAUGCUCUUCAAAUCUCGUUCAAGUUCAGUUUUGGUGUCUUCAGACUUUGCAUGAACUCAUUCAGACUCGAUACUCCGCAAUACCCCCGGAGGAGAAGCACGCCAUAAGAACCACCGUCUUUUCAAUUGCGUGUCUCGUUGUUGUCGAAGACAACAACAAUAACACUCCAAUUAGGGUUUUAGAAGCCGCCCCUGCUUUCAUCAAAAACAAGCUUGCUCAGGUUUUGAUUGCUUUAAUUUACUACGAGUACCCCUUGAUUUGCUCAUCCUUCUUCCUUGAUUUUUUACCACAUCUACGCAAGGGCAAUGUCGUCAUUGAUAUGUUCUGCAGAGUUCUCAAUGCUCUCGACGACGAAUUAAUUAGUAUGGAUUACCCUAGAACCCCUGAAGAGGUCACUGUUGCCAAUAGGGUUAAAGAUGCUAUGAGAGAGCAAUGCGUUUCCCAGAUUGUCAGAGCUUGGUAUGACAUUCUUUCUAUGUACCGCAAUUCUGAUCAGCACUUAUGCAUCACUGUCUUAGACUCAAUCAGGAGGUUUAUUUCUUGGAUCGACAUCGCUUUCAUCUUCAAUGAUACUUUUCUCCCUUUCUUGUUUGAUUUCAUUUUGGUUACCACCACAUCUGAUCACCUUCGAGCUGCUGCUGUCAGAUGCUUGUUAGCAAUUGUUUCUAAGCGAAUGGAGUCCCAAUCUAAACUCUCAUUGUUGCAAACCCUUCAAAUUACUCGUGUAUUUAGGUUGCUCACCGACGAUGCCAAUGCCGACCUUGUCCCUGACAUAGCUGCUUUGCUUUCUGGCUAUGCUACGGAGGCCUUGGAUUGCUUUAAACGCAUAACUUCUGAGGAUGCUAAAGGAAUCUCUAUGGAGCUUCUCAAUGAAGUUCUGCCCUCCGUUUUCUAUGCAAUGAAGAAUUUUGAGCUAGACACCACUACAUUGAAUAUCGUUCAGUUUCUAUCAGGUUAUGCUUCUACGUUGAAGACCCUUGCUCCUUUGAGCGAGAAACAUAUACUUCAUGUGGGGCAGAUAUUGGAAGUUAUCCUUGUACUAAUCCGUUAUGAUCCUGUAUACCGUACCAAUCUCGAUGUCAUGGAUAAAAUUGGAAAAGAGGAGGAAGAUAGGAUGACAGAGUUCAGAAAGGAUUUAUUUGUUCUACUUCGUACCGUGGGUCGAGUAGCCCCUGAUGUAACUCAAUUGUUUAUCAGAAAUUCGUUAGCAAGUGCUAUUUCAAGAUCAUCAGACAGCAAUGUGGAGGAGGUGGAAGGUGCACUUUCUCUUUUAUAUGCACUUGGAGAAUCCUUGAGUGAGGAAGCCGUAAGAAAUGGGAAUGGAUUAUUGAGUGAACUGUUGUUUAUGCUUCUAUCGACAAAGUUUCCUUGCCAUUCUAAUAGGCUAGUUGCUCUUGUUUACUUGGAGACAGUGACGAGAUAUGUUAAGUUGAUUCAAGACAAUGCUCAAUGUAUUCCUAUUGUUUUGGCUCCCUUUCUUGAUGAAAGGGGCAUACAUCAUCCAAACAUUAGUGUAAGCCGCAGGGCCAGUUAUUUGUUUAUGAGGGUUGUGAAAUUGCUGAAGGUGAAGUUGGUGCCUUUCAUUGCGGUGAUUCUGCAGAGCCUACCUGAUACAGUUGCUCGGUUCACUGCUACAAAUUAUACAACAGAAGAGCUGUCAGGGUCAGAAGAUGGUAGCCACAUUUUUGAGGCAAUUGGGUUAUUGAUUGGAAUGGAAGAUGUACCACCUGAAAAGCAAUCCGAUUAUCUAUCUUCUUUGCUAAGCCCUCUUUGUCAGCAGGUUGAGGCAUUGCUGAGAAAUGCUAAACUGUUAAGUUAUGAGGAGACUAAUGCCAGAAUUGCUGUAAUCCAGCAAAUUAUCAUGGCCAUUAAUUCUCUCAGCAAGGGCUUCAGCGAGCGUCUGGUAACUGCUAGUCGCCCUGCAAUCGGCAACAUGUUUAAGCAGACAUUAGAUGUACUUCUCCAGGUUCUUGUUAUUUUUCCAAGAAUAGAACCUCUGCAAAGCAAGGUCACAUCAUUUAUACAUCGCAUGGUGGAUACCCUAGGAGCAUCUGUCCUUCCUUACCUUCCAAAGGCAAUUGAGCAGUUACUUGCAGAAACGGAGCCAAAGCAAAUGUCUGGUUUUCUUUUGUUGCUCAAUCAACUCAUCUGCAAGUUCAAUAUUUUGGUGCGUGACAUUUUGGAGGAAAUAUUUCCAUCCGUCGCUGAUCGGAUAUUCAGUAUUAUUCCAAGAGAGGGAUUGCCUUCAGGUCUUGAUGCAGCUACUGAGGAAAUUCGUGAAUUACAAGAACUUCAGCGAACAUUGUAUACAUUUCUUCAUGUGAUUGCUACACAUGAUCUGUCAACCGUAUUUAUUUCCCCAAAAUGUAAAGCAUACCUGGAUCCAGUGAUGCAAUUGCUUUUUUACUCUUCGUGUAAUCACAAGGAUAUUCUUCUACGAAAGACAUGUGUGCAGAUUUUUAUUAGAUUAAUUAAAGAUUGGUGUGCCCAGCCAUAUGGAGAAAAGGUUCCUGGUUUCCGAAGUUUUGUGAUCGAAACAUUUGCUACAAACUGCUGCCUAUACAGUGUGCUGGACAGAUCUUUUGAUUUUCGGGAUGCAAAUACUCUUGUUUUGUUUGGAGAAAUUGUAGUCGCACAGAAGGUCAUGUAUGACAAAUUCGGGGAUGAUUUUCUCGUUCAUUUUAUAUCAAAAGGAUUUUCUGUUGCACAUUGCCCGCCAGAGAUGGCUGAACAAUAUCGUCAAAAGUUGCAGGGUAGCGAUAUCAAGGCACUAAAAUCUUUCUAUCAGUCCCUCAUAGAAAAUUUGAGACUGCAGCAGAAUGGAAGCCUUGUGUUUAGAUAGUAUACCUAUAAUAAUGGACAAAUUUCGAGUCUUCGUUCUAUACGGGUUUAAUUUGUUGCUGGCCGUCUUCUAGUACGGGGUAAUGAUUUCGGUCUACAAAAGGUAAUCAAUUGUUGCGAUGAUAUUAAUUCUGAGCUCUUUCUAUCAUUGUAUUUAUAUUCCACCCUUUUCUCCCAAAUAAAGCAGUCAUGGAAUGGCGGUGAGUACUGCAGUGCUGUGUAUAUAGCUUUUGCGGAUGAGCUAUGGAUAAUCUCUUGACCAUGUUUUUGAUGAGUUCCUCUGCAACCUGACCAAACAGUAAAUUGUCUCAGGCCUUUCUUUAUUCUUUUGUCCCACAGCUGUAAAUUUUGAGAAAUCUCUUAUUACAAUGGGGUUACUUCUGUCUGUUUGAAGCCUGUCAAUAUAAGAUCAAAAUUUUGGCAUUUGA